GAGGUUCUCGACUACCUCCGCGUCGCUACCCCGCGUGCCUUCCCCACCUCGGUCACGGCUCUGCGCGGCCGGUCUGCGCAUAUGACAGGCUGAGCUUCCUUCGGCCAGUUUCCCGGGGCUUCGAGACGGGACGGGGCGGGGAUGGGGACCUGGGGCCCCGGCGGCUGCCGUUUCGGUCGCUGAGAGCCAGCCCUACAGCCACAGUCCUUCCAACAUGCUCGGCCUCUCCGCUUUCAGAGCACCCCCUCCCCGGAUAAGACACCGACUCGGCCGGGGGGGGCAGAUCCCCCAACCACUUUUUUCCCUCCUCUUCAGGGCCUUCCCCUUCCCAUCCCUGAGCCCGGCCUUCCUGGGUUUCCAGCCGGCCCCUCACCCUCAAAGCAGACGCGGGAUUGGAGGAGGGAGUUUGGCCAGGGAUGGGACUUAACAAACUCCUUGGGGACCUUGAUUCCCAGGGAACAAUGGCAGUGACCCAGCACGGAUUGGGAACCCAGUCAGGCAGCCCAGAAACAGGGAGAUUAUACAAACAGAUGUAAAGACCCACUUAACAACAUGUGUGAACCUGUCUACAAGGCUGGGACGGGAUAUGAGUUGCGAAGAAUCCAGUUUCAACCGAGUGGUGUAUCGGAAAAAGAUGCCAUCUCAGUGUUGGUUUGUGUUUAUUUUCCACUGACCCUAUGGGUGAAGAUAUCCUUGACCAUUACUCCAUCUGAAUAUGUUCCAGCUCAUCCGAUGUUACAUCACCAGGUUGAAAGCUAUGGAGAUCUCCACAAGGAUUUGGAGAAGAGUCCUAAUAAUUAUUAAAAUUCUGGACUAGAUCUACUAGGAAAGGUAGAUGGACUAUAAGGCACUUGCCCAACAAACUGCUCAAGAAAUUUUAGGUUACUAUCAAGAUACAUCAGGCUGGAAAGUGGUUAAGACUUCAAAAAAGAUAACUGUUUCCAGCAAGGCUUCUAAGAAAUUCCAUGGAAAUCUAUAUCGUGUUGAAGGAAUAAUUCCAGAAUCAACAUCUAAACUAUCUGAUUUCCUCUACAAACCUGAAAACAGGGUCACAUGGGACAAAUCAUUGAAAAUGUACAGCAUGGUACAAAAAAUUGAUUCGGACACAUUCAUAUGUCCUACCAUCACACAAAGUUUUGCCAUGGGCUCAAUAUCCCCCCGAGACUUUAUCGACUUAGUGUAUUUGAAGCACUGCGAAGGGAAUAUCGAUAUUAUCAGUUCUACUAGUGUGGAUUUUCCAGCAUAUCCUCCAUCUUCAAAUUAUAUCCGUGGUUGUAACCACGCUUGUGGCUAUAUGUGUUCACCUCUGCAAGAGAACCCAGCAUAUUCCAAACUAGUGAUGUUUGUCCAGACAGAAAUGAGAGGAAAAUUGGCCCCAUCAAUAAUUGAAGCAACCAUGCCUUCCAAUUUAGUAAGCUUCCUCCUCAAUGUAAAGGAUGGAGUAAAACACAAAAUUCUAUCAGGACGUGGAUGUCAUCAUGAUGGGCAUUCGUCAUUCCGAAAGAAGAAAUGAGGCCAUUUAAAAUCAUGCGUGGCAGUUAACUGCCUUUUACUUCUAAGUCAAUAUGCAUAAAUACUGUUACACAAUUCUAAACUGUAUUCUUGAACAAACUACUGAAGGUGCUUUGUGAAAAUAAGAGCUCAUAGUUGUACAAGAGAAGCAUUAAAUAUAGUUUUUAAUCUCAUGUAAGAAUAAUGUUAAACAACAAGUGAUCUUAAUGCACUUUUAUCUUUUGCUUUUUUCCCCUGGAAAAUGCCCGGCAAGAAAACAUCAGUAAGAAAGCAUAUACAGGCAGAGGUCAGCAUUAAUUAAAGAUUAAAAUAUAUUUUAAAUUGUUUUUCUUUCACUUACUGCUUAAAUUGAUAACUGUAGGAAGCAUGAACAUAAAAAUUGAAAAGAAUUCCACUAGAAUGUUUGACAACUGAUAUCUGGAAUCUGCAGCUGAAUCAUGAGUCAAUUUUUGGUCUGGCCAGAAUGUAGUAGCCCGUUCCUCCCAAGUCCUUCCUCGUAAAACUAGAAGACCUGCACUUACCACAACAGACAAGCAUAGGAAGACUCCAGCAUAGGUGGCAAGAAGAAGGUGAACUGGCCAAGGACCUGGGGACUUGAGGAAUGUUUUAGCCGCGAGUUCUCUGGGUUUCCUUAUUGCCAUCCAUAUAUUCCAGACAGGGCGCUGCCGAAGCCUCCAACCUGGAACUGCUGACAGGAAAGAAGAAAAAAGAGAGGGGGGAGGCUUUAGGAAAAAGCCUUCUCCUCCUCGCCAUAGGAGUGCCCGCAAACAAAAGGGUGGCCCCGCAGAACACCAGCCAAACAUCAACUGAAAAGCUGCACCUACCCCACCGUGUGGGCAAAGCAGAGCGAAUCUUCCACCCCACCUCAUCUCUGCGGCGCAGAAGCAGGCGGUGGUGCCUGGACAGCCCCAGCCUGUGGUGUCGGCAGGGUUGAGCAGGGAGCUCAUCUUCCACCUUCCAUCCAGCAGAGGCAGGUAUGGUGCUUUGAUAUCCCUGCUGGGGUAGUGUUAGUGGGAUUCAGUGGCAGAGUGAGCUUCCACCCGCACCUGGCAGCAGCAAGAUUUAACCAGCUAGGUCAAGGAAGAGCUAGUCACCAGUCAGCUUCCCUGAUCCUUGGCGGCACCACGGCCCAGCAUGAUGUGAGCCUCCAUCCGCACCCAGCAUCAGUGUUCUGCCCUCUGUAGUGUGUUGAAUGGUGACCCCCAAAAGGUACAUCCUUGUCAAAUCCCUGGAACCUUGAAUGUGACCUUAUUUGGAAAAAGGAUCUCGGCAGAUGUAAUUAAGUUAAGGACCUCAGAAUGAGAUCAUCCUGGAUUAUCAGGCUCUAAGUCCAGUCACAAGUGUCCUCAUAAGAGAUGCACAAAGGAGAGACAUGUGGAGAGGAGGAGGCCAUGUGAAGACAGAGGCAGAGAUUGGGGUUGUGCGGCCAUAAGCCAAGCAACACCUAGAGCUUCCAGGAGCUGAAAGAGGCAAAGAAAGAUUCUCCCCUAGAGCCUUCAGAGGCAGUGUGGCCCUGCCGACACUUUAAUUUUGGACUUCUGGCCUCCAGAACUGUGAGAAUAAAGUUCUGUUCCUUUAAGCCACCAAAUUUGUGGUAAUUUGUUACGAUAGCUAUAGGAAACUAAUAUACCCUCACUGGUGUCAGCAGGGCUCAGUGGGAAUCUGGGCCUCUGCUCCUAGCUUGCAUCAACAAGGUGAAGCAAGGUGUGGGACAUGGGGUCAGUCAGCACUCCACUUCCCCUUUCCCUCCCUGGUGUCAUCGGGGCCCAGUGGGGAGCUGAGCUUAUAUUUGCACUUGGAGGCAACAAGUCUAUGCAAAUCAGUGCCCAUUUUUGCCAGCAAGGGGAGCUGAGCUGCCCCCUCACAUCUGCAAUGAGGGUCGGUCAGUGCUCUACUUUCACCAGGGUGGUGAGAGCAGGGCCUAGUGGGGAGCUGAAUGUACAUACCCACCAGUCCUCGCAUUACACCUCAACUAGGAGACUGCCUGCUGAGAUGGAAGGUUCAAUAGGAUCCAGAGUCCUUUGCAAAGGAAAGAAGAACAUCAGAAUGGGUAAAAAGAGGUGAAAAUGUCAAAUGUCAUAUGCUAUUCUCAGGAGUAUAUUAAAUCACAUUUGAUGGUCGACAGCGGUACAAAAGCAAUUCAUUGGAGGAAGGACAGCCUUUCAGCAAAUGGUGUUGGAGUAACUGACAUCCAAAGGCCUAAUCCUGCACUUUGUACAAAAACUAACUCAACAUGGAACAUGGGCUUAAAUGUAAAACAUUAAACUACAAAACUCCUAGGAGGAAAAUCUUCAGAACCUACAGCUAGGCAGAAUUCUUACACUGGAUACCAAAAGUAUGAUCCAUAUAAGGAAAAAUAGCAAAUUAAUCUUCAUCAAAAUUUAAAAUGUAUGCUCUAAGAAAGACCCUAGGAAGAAGUAUUAUGGAAGGUGUCAUCUGUAAUAACGAAAAUCCUAUAUAACGCAAAAGUUUGAAGGUAAUACUGUCAUCCAAGUAAUAUGAAAAAUAAAAAUAAUUUAAUUCUAAACUUAGAUUUUUCUUUAAAUAUUUUAAAUCUUUCUAAUCAUGCAGCUUUCCUAAUAAUUUCAGAUAUUCAGACAUUACUGGAAUUACCAAAACAAAAUGUUUAUAUUUAAUCAAAUGAAAUGCUUAUUCCCUAUGCACCUUCUAAUCUUGGAUCUUAUCUGUGAUGUUGGACAUAUAACAUUAAUGAACCAGAACUGUGCAACAUGAUUAUAUCAGUUAAGAAAAUAUUUGGGUGCAAAAAAAGAGGACUUUCAGAGAACAUAAAUGUUGAGAGGUUUAUUGCUCUCACACAGGAACUCUGGGAGUGUGCAGUACAGAGCUAAUAAUAAUUGGGACCGGGGAGGCUCUUUACAUCACUCAAUUCUGCUUCGAUUGUAGCUUCUGUCUUUCUGUCCCAGUGGCACUGUCCCAGGGUUCCAAGCAGGACAAAGAAGGGUAAAAGCUAAAAGACAUUUUAGCUGAUUUCAUCCUGGUACGUAGCCUUUUUGGAAACCUCCACGUUCAAUCCAAGAUGUUCACAUCUCAUUAGCCAAGAGUGGAACACACGGCCAGACCUGGCAUCUGAAGGUAUUCUAGCAUCUGUAGUAGAAAAAGAAAAAGGGAAGUUCUACUGGGGUGCAGAAAUAAAAUAUU